GGAGAUACGAAAUCUAAUAGAGGCAUUUAUGUAUAGCACGUUACGUUAUGAAACGGCAGGUGGUUUUCAGUGAGUCAGAAUCAGAUGAUGAAUUUCAAACAAAGGAGAAACUACCAGUAAAACAAAGCACAAAACGACAUUCAGAUAAGAGGAGAAAGUGUGCAGAUGUUGAUGAUGAUGCAACAUCUUGCCGUAAAGAUUCACAGCUGUCUAUUAUUGACUCUUUGCGAAGACAACAGGAGUUAUCCAAAUUAUCCCGUGGUAAGAAGGCGAAUACCAUCGAAGCGUACUUCUCGCAGCCUGUGAAACCCAAGAAGAAUGAAGUUUCCGUUGAUGAUUUUUUCGGAUCAUCUGAUAAGAAAUCAAGCACUAAGCCUUCAGUUAUUCCCAGUACACCACCUCAUUCACCAAUGGAGAUCAUCCCGGAUACACCGGUAUUCUCUCCGAAAGAACCUUUGGUAGUUAAAGAAAAUCAUGGAAGGUCACCUAAAACUGAUAUUAUUUCGGAAGGUGUAAAAAAGGCAACUGGUAAUCAAACACCAUCCAAGGCUAAUGAAUCUCUUAAUAGUAGCACUGAUAACGCUACGAAAGAUCGAAAGCAUUUUUGGGCCUAUAAAGCUCGUGAUGGUCCCCGCAGUAUUGGAUCAAGAGAAAUUCCUAAGGGAACUCCGGAUUGUUUAAAAGGAUUAAACUUUCUUAUCACUGGAAUACUAGAAUGUAUUGAACGAGAGGACGCUGUAAAUCUUAUACAGAAUUGUGGUGGGAAAGUUUUAAAGACAUUAGGUAAAAAGACGGAUUAUCUUGUUGUUGGACGUGAACCUGGUGCAGCUAAAAUUGAAAAGGCUAACAAUUUGAAAAUUAAGCAAAUUACUGAAGAAUAUCUUUUUGAGCUGAUAGAAAAAUCUACUGAUAAUAAUGCUCUUAACCAUCCUAAAUCCAAUAUGUCCAGUUCAAUUAAAUCGAAAUCUUCUGAGAAGUCAGAGCAUACCGCUGUAAAUGAUAGCCAACAAAAAGUAAAAAGUCCUAAAAAAUCUCCUAAAAAGAAUCAAUCUGUCAAUUCACAAGAUAAUAUUCUUAAAUCUCCUAAACAUCAUCAUCAUCAUCAUCAUCAUGAAUCUCCGAAUAAAUAUGCCAAAAAAUCUGUCACAUCUUCUGGUAAUGAACAUCUUCCUCUUACUGCACGUCCUGUUUUAACUAGUAAUUCAUCAGUUCAUCAUAAAACUGAACGAAGUCAUAAUAGUAGUCUGUCUAAUGUUGUCAAUGAUAGCCAAGAGUCAUUGUUCAAGAAAGAGACAAGUUCCAAGUCGUAUGAACUAUGGGUUGAUAAGUAUAAACCAAUGUCUAUUCGUUCAUUGAUUGGUCAAAAUGGUGCACAAAGUCCAGCUAAUCGACUUUUGAAUUGGUUAUCUUCUUGGCAUUCAAAUUUUUCAGCAGGUUUAAAAGCGAAAGCUUAUUCAAGUGCGCCUCCAUGGGGUCCAUCAUCUAGUGAUGAUGGCAAAUGGGCACGGGCAGCACUUCUGUCUGGACCUCCGGGAAUAGGAAAAACUUCAACAGCUGCUUUAGUAUGUAAAGAACUUGGUUAUACCUACUGUGAAUUUAAUGCAUCUGACUGUCGAUCUAAACGAUGUUUAAGUGAAGAUAUAGGACAAUCUUUGGGUUUGCAAAAUUUGUCACAUAUGGCUUUUGGUCAAGCAUCAAAAUUAAAUUCCGGUCAUCAUGUUCUAAUUAUGGAUGAAGUUGAUGGUAUGGCUGGUAAUGAAGAUCGUGGAGGAAUGCAAGAAUUGAUUAAUAUGAUUAAAAUUACUCAAAUCCCUAUUAUAUGUAUGUGUAAUGAUCGUCAAGCAAUUAAAAUACGCUCUCUAGCUAACUAUUGUCUGGACUUAAGAUUUCAUCGUCCACGAGUUGAACAAAUAAAAGCAGCUGUAUUGUCUAUUGCUUGUAAAGAAAAUGUGAAUUUACCUGCGGAUAUAUUGACAAAUAUCAUUGCAUCUAGUAAUCAGGAUAUUAGACAGGUAAUUAAUAAUGUACAAAUGUGGUGUAGUUCCGGUUUAAUUGAUACAGAAGGAUUAAAAAUGGAUGCAUUAGGUGCACGUAAAGAUUUACACUUAAAUGCAUUCGAUGUAAUACGUAAAGUUUUUGCACCGGAUAUAUCUGGCAGUCAAGGCAGUGUUGCUACAUUCAAUGAAAGUUUAGAUUUAUUCUUUCAAGAUUACAGUUUAAUUCCUUUAUUUGUUGAAGAAAAUUAUCUCAAUGUUAGAGUUCAUAAUGUUCAGGAUGAUAAAAAAAUUCUACAAUUAAUGUCUCAAGCAGCGGAUGACAUUGCCACAGCAGAUAUUAUUUCAUCUGUGAUCAGAUCAUCACGUACAGGAUCAUGGUCUUUACUACCUGUUCAAGGUGUAUUCAGUACCGUAUCACCUGGUCGUACUCUUCGUGGAUCGUUACCGGGCGGUCCAGGUGGUGUUUCAUUUCCAUCUUGGUUUGGUAAGAACAGUACACAAAAUCGCAUUAAUCGAAUCACUUCGGAAUUAGCUUCACAUUUACGGCUGGCAACUCAUUGUGGUUCAUCUAAUCCAUAUGCAUUAUUAAUGGAUUAUGCUACACCAGUUGCUGAAUUGAUCACUCGUCCAUUGAAAGAAGGUGAUAUUGACAGUACAAUUCAAUUUUUAAUUAAUUAUCAAAUCACUAGAGAAGAUGUUGAUGCGAUAAUGGAAUUAACCACUUGGCCAAAUCGACCAAAUCGAAUGGUUAAUGUUGAUUCGAAAAUUACUGAUGAAUAUCGAUUGCGGGACUAA